UGUCUGCAUUUGUGAUCAGAGAAACAAAAAACAACAAACUUUACUCAAAACUGUUCAAAAUUCGCCUUUGAAUCUUCAGUGGAAAAUUAUUUAUAUAUAAAAAAGUACUUACAUGCUGUGAGUUAGAAGCGUCAAAUUGUCCUUGCAAAGUUAGAACUCCCCAACUUUAUAGAAACAGCCUUUGUGCCACAGACACAUUGUAGGUUACUUCCAAAAUAAUGUUCUUUUUUAGCAAGGUCAUAUGACCCCUUUUAAUACUCAGGUAUGUCAUCAGCUCAUUGACAGAUAUUUUAAAUUCAGCAGCCACAUGUGAGGUCACAUGAUAGUGCAGCUAAUGACAUCUUUCAAAUGCAACUACACAGCUGCAUAAGAACUACCUAUAAUAGCAAUAAGAACCUUAAAGCCCUAUAUUUAACAAAUUGUUUUGACUUAAUGCCAGUGAUCAGCACAGUUAAUGUUAAAUAAACUAAAUAGUCUGCAUCAAGGAGAAACCGUUGCCCUUUGACUUCUCACUGGAAUUACAGCUGAAAGCUCAGGGCACUUUUGGAAUUAAGGUCACAAUGUAAAACACUGGUGAGGAUCAGAUUCCCAGUCAGCUGUGAUUGGAGGACAAUGCCUUCGCACCUCAUGACUUGUUGAAAUGGAGAGUUUGAUUCUAUUCUUGGUUUGUGCAGUGGUGAUAUCAUCAGUAAUGCUUUCCAUUCAGCUGUGCAUCUGGCAUAUUUAUCAAACUGACCUCUCCUGACACUCAGCCUCUGUGUUGUUGAUGAAAACAAUGGUUAAGGCCCCCUUGUCAUCCAUUUACCCUGCUGAUCACAUGUCAUUUGUACUAAAAAUACAAGAUAAAGAGCAACAGUGAUGAUAUAAAUAGCCAUAAAAUCAGACAGGUAAGAAGUGGAAAGGACUGUCAAUAUUAGCCAUGCUCUCCCAAGGCAGUGGGGCGUGUGUUGUAAGUCGAAAGGCCACAUUCUUGAAAGAGAGAAGGCGGUCGUCUUUAGACAGCAGACAGGGUGUCAGGAAAGAAAAGAGCAAGGGUUAUAAACAACCAGGGAUAGACUUCCUUUGUCCCCCUGUUCUCAAUGACCUUCUAUCCCACCACUGGAGAGAUAUGCAGGAUGGAUUCUCUGAUCCAGAGCAACUGAACAAAGUUCUUGAAUUUCAGAGCGAUGAACUGCUGUGGACUGCUCAGAAAUUGGGUCUUUGGUCUUUGGAGUAUAAAAGAGAACUGACAAGCCCACUGUGUAUUGCUGCCGCACAAGGUUUCUCUGAAUGUCUGCAAUAUUUACUGGAACACGGCGCACGUCCCAACCUUAUCGCAGGAGGAAAAGCAGCACUUCACGAGGCCUGUGCAAACGCCAACACUGAAUGUGUAGAGCUGCUGCUGGAACAUGGGGCUAAUCCUAACCAGAUGACAGACGAGGGACUGACUGCUUUACAUCUCUGCAGGACACCACAAUCACUACGUUGUGCAAAAACCUUGGUGAGAUAUGGUGCCAGAGUGAACUCACCCAGUGAAGAAGAGGAUGAAACACCACUGCAUGUGGCAGCUAGACACGGUCUGCCCCACCAUGCACAGCUGUACCUACGAUUCGGAGCCUGCGUGAACCAUAGCAGCUCUUCUGGUGAAACACCACUGGGGGUGGUUUGUGGAGUUGCCCCAGAAAAGACAGACGACAGCCAAGAUGAACGAUACCUUGAGAUCUGUCGUCUCCUCCUGGCCUAUGGAGCUAAGGUUAAUUUGUCUGAUAAAGAACGCCGCAGUCCUCUACACAAGGCCGCCCGCAAUGUGCAGCUUAAGCUGGUGGAGCUUCUCUUGGAGCAUGGGGCUGAUAUCAAUGCCAUUGACUAUAACGGUUGUUCACCGUUAUCGAGUGUUCUACAAAGCUCUGUGGUUCGGCAAGAGUGGGAACCUCACAGGGUUGUCCAGACCUUGAUAAAUCGGGGAUCUAUUAAAGUCUGGCCACUAGCACUGCUGAAGGUAUUAACAGCUUGCGCUGCAGCACCUAAAACUGUGGAAAUCCUGUUUAACUCAUACACACUUGUCCCUGUGACCUACAAAUGGGUUGAGGCUAUACCUGAGGAUAUUUUUCAUCUUCACAAAACCUUUUAUGAGUCUCUCUUUGCACUGGAGUAUAAACCACGUAGUUUACAGCAUCUGUGUCGGUCUGCACUGAGGAACCAGUUUGGGAAAAAACUGCUGCUCACUCAUUCCCAGGCUCCCCUUACCAAAGCCACUUGAACAGUAUCUUCUUUUGGAACCGGAGGGGUACAUUGACUAGAACCAGAAACAUUUAGGGAACUUUAGAAAGGUUUUUAAUGCAAUAAAUGUAACACUCUGACAAAGAUGACUGCCUUGAGUUUUACUUGCAUAGUCACCAUACAGUGACAUUUUUAGAGAUAGUAUUUUUUCCACCUGUUUUCAUAUAAAUAAUCUAAUAUAUUAAUGUAAAUAGCUUUGCAAAAUAUUUCAUUGUUUGAAUGACAGUGUGUUGCAGUUUCAGCUCAUAUUAACAUUUAAUGCAUAUUAUUUCAUCAAGAAAUAAUUUUGUCUGUCAAUAAAAUAAUAUCUUUUGUCAAGUAUGACUGUCAUUUAUUUUUUUAUUUCUCCAGUGUAGCCUACUAUAUGUAAGGGUUGGUAGCUACUCAGAACACAACUAUAGCAUCGGAUUGGUAGAAAUAAGUAAUCUGCUAAAGAAAGAGACCUUAUCCUGACGUUUCAGCCUCAGUGCAUGACAUUUGAUUAUUGGCUGUUGUCGCUUGACAUUAUCAAUGCUGUUUGUGUGUACCUGUGAAUUGCACCUGUUUUAAUGUAGUAAGAUGACUUUAGCACUAAAUAAACGUUAUUAUUUAUUUA